AGCCGCACAUUUUUGAUACAAAGUGUUGGUUAGCGCUCUCUCAAACCUUUAGUGAGUCUCGUGUGUCGCGCAUGAAGCUGUGGAUAGGUAACCGCGGGGUGCCUGGAUGAGGACCAGGUGUCGCACUGAGGUUACAGUGCUGAUGUCCUGUCACACCGAUGGGGGCCGACGGCAGUAAAAACAGGAAGAGGCCGGCUGAAGGGCAGGAGGAUGAGGACUUCUCAUCUGGAUGGCGUGGUUUCCUCUCCAGCAUGGGUCUAUCUAUCCCAGCAGGCCUCUGUCGCCUGGCCCCGCCCGCCCUGCGUCUGGGCCAGCAUCGAAUGCUCCAAGGCAAGGCCCCCGACAUCCCGGAGCAUGUCCUGAGGUUGGCGGGAGUCGGCCCAGACAAGCUGAGAGCGGAGUGGAGCCUGCCGGGCUUCAUCGCCAUGUUCCUGCCUGAAUUCCCCCACAAAACUGUGCCUGGGCACGAACACUUUCAGGUUUUGAGUUACAUCGCCAAAGGUUCAUUUGGACCCAUCCUGAAAGUGAAGGACAAGACCAAACAGAAAACAUAUGCUGUCAAAGUCAUACCUAAAUCAGAGAUUCUAAGACUCGGGGUCUUGGAGCAGUCAAAAGAAGAAGUUAUAGUCCAGCGUCAGGUUCGCCAUCCGUUUGUCCAUGACCUCCAGGACUGCUGGCAGACUCAGCGCCACCUCUACAUUAUGUGCGACUACUGCAGCACAGGAGACCUGUACACCUACUGGCAGAUGAUCGGUCAGUUCACAGAGGACACUGUACGAGUGUUUGCAGCGGAGUUGGGAUGUGCGCUCGGCUUUCUGCACGACUUUGGGAUCAUCCACCGAGAUGUGAAGAUGGAGAAUAUCCUGCUGACAGACAACGGACACCUCCGCUUAGCUGACUUUGGUUUGUCCCGUCGCCUGGAGAGAGGAGGAAGAGCUUUUACCAUUUGUGGAACCAUUCAAUACAUGGCCCCAGAGGUGCUGAGUGGCGGACCCUACAACCAUGCAGCCGAUUGGUGGUCGCUGGGAAUUCUGCUUUUCUCAUUGGUUACUGGGAAGUUCCCCAUGCCUCCAGAAUCAGACCACUGCAGUAUGCUGAGGAAAGUGAGGAGUUUCCCUUAUGAAAUGCCCCUCAGCUUCAGCCCCCCACUGGCCUUGCUAAUAACUGAGCUUUUGUGCAAGACCCCCUCCCGCCGACUGAGGACCCUUGAGCGUUUCAAACGGCAAACCUUCUUCCACGGAACAACCUUUGACCUCGCCCUGUUGCAGCGCCAGCCGGUGGAGGUGAUCCUGGAGCUCAGAGAGAGACCCGACCGAGCCGCCAAAGCUCGGCGAGGCCUCACUUUGUCCCUUCAGCCUCUCAAGGGAUUCGACUACGACUCGUUCCUCAGCCCUCCCGCCACACCGGACACACAGCUGGAUGCCUGCACGCAGACUCACACAGCUGCCCCGCUGCCUGGCCCCGUACUCGCACUGCAGCCUACUCAGGAAAAAGGCCCACGCAGAGAAGUGUUCGUGUGACAGACUUUGAGUUGACAGUAUGGUAACUAACACAAUGAGGCAAAGGCCUACAUGUAUGGAUUUCUGCACACUUGUUCACUCUUACACACAGGUGUGGUGCGCCUUGUAAAAUGUCUUAUUUAGUAAAAGCCAAAACAGCUGAUUCCGAUUUAAUUGGAUCAAUAGUUUAGAAUUAAAUGAUUCAUUUGAAUAAAGAACACCACUUCCCCACUUGUAUUGGCACAUUUCAUGGGGUUUUUGUGAUGUACUGGACACUUUUUUUGUUACUUGUUUGCCUUUCUCCAAUGAGCACCUUUUCAAGCCAACUGUAUUUGCUCAAAAGUUGUGCAAGAAAGAUUGCACUAUUGUCCAUUACUUUCAAUUCCCCACUAUCUGGUCAUGGUUGCCCCCUGUUCAUGCAUAAUGUUCAACUGCUAUCAAAUUCACCCCACAUGGAAAGGUCAUGCUGGUUGAAGACAAAGCACUGAAUUUCUUUCUUUCUUUUUACAAUCAGUUAUAUUUAGUUCAGUUGAAAUCAAACCAAGCCCCUUGGUUUGAAAUGAGUGUAUUUCUGAGCUUCUGCCUUCAUUCUCAUGUAUGAUUAUGAAACCGUUUUGGCAGAAGUGGACGAAACUAACUCCUUGCCUCAUUUUCUGAGUUGUUCUACUGCAAUUUUUACUAUAAAACCUGCUCUGUUCCUUAAUUAAUGCUGUGAUAUAACCUUCCCCAAACUUGACCUCUGCUUACUACAUUGUGUAGCGGCAGAAACGUCUCUCCUCCUGCUCUCUUCCUGUACUAUAGAAUAGUCAUUCAUGCAAGCGUCACCACAUCAGAUUAAGACGUGUACAGGUCGACAUUUGCUUUAGUUUGAAUCAUUUAUAACCUGUGACUCAGGAGAGCACUUGCUGUUUUUUUUUCAGGUCAGCCUUGAUUUUGACUCUGAGAUGGCAGCCAGGUAUACAGCUCUGAACUGGGGCUGUAAGGGUUGAAUGAACAACAGCAUUUUUUACCUCCAGUUAACAUUUUGAUAGAUACUGGGCUUUUUCUAUUGUCCAAGGCUGCCGUAACCCUAUCAAGUAAACGCACCCUCAUGCACUUACCUGUUCAUCAGAUUAUAUUAUGAUUUUUGUAAAGUAUGCCCUGGUGUGUACCCAGAAUGCCUCACACGUGUCACCCUGAGCUUGCUUUGUUUGUCACAAAAAAUACUUAUUUAUAAAUUCCUCUUUAUAAAGUUUAUAUGAAUAUUUUGGAUGCUACUUGAUGUUGUAUGUUAUGUUACAAUGUAUUUUUG